CGGACUCGUCGGUCGGACAUUUUCGGCACAGCGUCAUCAGCGCUGACGUGGAAACUACGUGAGCGCGAGGCACCGCCGUCCACCCUCGCUGUCAUUAGUGACGAGUCCCGCGACGUAAAGCUCCGGUGACUGGUGAUGGAUGCGUCUCAGCUAGACAGCAGCUUAAACGAGUCUGUGACGGACGCAGAGGAAGACCUCAGCGACACGAGUCCGCCUGCUUCCACUCAGGAGUCUGUGACCGCUGAGUCUUCCGAUGUGACUGUUGUUCAGCUACCCAAUGGCCAAACGGUCCAGGUCCAAGGGGUCAUCCAGGCCCCUCAGCCCUCGGUCAUACAGUCGCCACAAGUCCAGACAGUUCAGAUCGCCGCCGUAGCAGAGCUGGAUGACGAGGAGCCGGCUGCCGACGCACAGAAACGACGAGAGAUUCUCUCCAGGCGCCCGUCUUAUCGAAAAAUUCUUAAUGAACUUUCAUCAGAUUCGCCGGCGGUCCCCAAGAUCGAAGAGGAAAAGGCGGAGGAUGAGGUGCAGGUUUCCAGCACAGCGCCGGCGUCUGUGCCAACAUCCAUCUACCAGACCAGCGCGGGACAAUACAUUACAAUCAGCCAGGGAGGAACCAUCCAGCUGGCCGGUCCAGAAACCCUGCAGGGGGCCGGCGUCCCACAGCCUGGAGCCGCCAUCAGCUCCCCGCAGCAGCUCUUCAUCCAGGGAAGACAAGUGCUGAUCCAAGCUGCCACCGGAGACAUCCCCGCCUACCAGCUGCGAUCGCCCAACUCCGGCCUGGCUCAGAGCAUCGUGAUGGCGGCGUCCCCCAGCAGCAUGGAGAGCCCGUCGUCGCAGCACGCCGAGGAGAUCACCCGCAAGAGGGAGGUCCGGCUCAUGAAGAACAGGGAAGCGGCUCGCGAGUGCCGCAGGAAAAAGAAAGAGUACGUCAAAUGUCUGGAAAACCGCGUGGCCGUGCUGGAAAACCAAAACAAGACCCUGAUUGAAGAGCUGAAGGCACUGAAGGACAUUUACUGCCACAAAGCCGAGUAGCGGCGGCCGCCUGUGGUCACGGGCUCCAGACAGUUUACAAACUAAAGACGUUAAAAAAAGAAGAAAUUUGGAGAAAAAAAAAAAAAAAAGAAGAAGAAGAAAAAACCUACUCUGGAACAAAAAAACUGCUGGGACUGUCUCUGUUUCUCUGCUCACUCAGGCCCGAUGUGCACCAAACCCAGAAGUGUUGUGGGGGGGAUCGUCGUAGCUUGAGCUUGCCGGUUUCGCUCUCGUCCUUUUCUUGCGCUCUUUGCAUGUGAAGACUCAAAAGUGUUGUCUGCCGCUGCAGCCGUGCACGAGGCAAGGCGAGGCCAGGCGAGGCCGGCCAAUGGGAGCCGUCCCAGGAAAGAGGAAGAGGAAGCGGUUGAACGAGGGGGCCGCUUGCCACCAAAACGCGCUGCUUCAUUGACACGGCGUGCGAGGAAGGGUUCGGCAGGGUCUCGCCACCAGCAGGUCCCCCCCCCCCCCCCCCCCCCCGAGGUCAGUCGAAGCUCCGCAGAUCCUCCACCAGCCGAGAGAUGUCUUCGUCACGUCUUCUGUGCACCCUAUGCUUCUGUUUUUGGUCGCCGCAUUCCUUCACCUGACAGUAAGAAGAGUCACCGCAGAGCUUUUUGCGUUUUCAUCAUUUUUAGUAAAUCUCUGUCUGGUCCAAAAUCUUUCUUUCUCUCUUACUUUCUUUUUUUCUUUUUUUUUUUUUUUUUUUUUUUUAAAGGAAAGUUUUGUUUGGUUGUUCACGUAGACUUAAGCUCUGUUUUACACGACGAUUUUUUUCACGUUAAAUCGCUGAAAGCGUGGUCAUGUAAACGGGGGACCUUCGAGAGGCUUUAUCUCAACCCAAAGUCAAAGAGAAUCUUAAUAAUUUAUGAGAUCAAGUGUGUGAAAUGAAUGAAAAACUGUUUGAUGUCAAAGCACAGAAUGUCGGCCUGGUUAUUACCAACCUUUCUAUUUUAUUACAAUAAGUGACAAAUAUAUAUUAUACAAAGCAAAUGUUACUAUUAACUUGUUGAAUGUGCUCAAAGCUAUUAUGUAAAACCCUAAAAUUUGUAUGUUGACAGAUAUUUUACAUUGAUGCAGAAAAAAAAACUGCAGGCGUCAUUUUGUUCUUGAAAUGAUGGAUGUUUUUUGUGUUUUUUUUGGAAUGAAACUGUAUUUGAUUAUGGCUUGAUAUUAACAUGCUCUGUUUAAAGGGUGAUGCCAAUCUUUAUUUUAUUUUUUUUUUGUAAAGACAUUUUGUUUUAAAUAAUUUAUCAUCUGGUGUUAAUCUUUCUCUUGAUAUUUGGAAACUGCUGGCUUUCUCUGUUGAUGUUGAGUUAUUUUUUUCUGCUUAAAUUUUUCUCUUCUGUUGGGAAAUUCAAGAAAAGCACACACACUCACUCUCUCUCUCUCUCUCUCUCACACACACACACACACACACACUCACACACACACUCCCUGGAGUGACAGACCCUGAAGGCAUCGCUCUCAGGCUGCCAAAGCUCUUGAACCAACCGUUUCUCCUCCAGACCGGGUAUUUAUCCAGUCAGAGAGUCAUCCUGGGGCGUCUUCAUGUUCACCAGCUGGUUUGUGCUCGGAGAGUCGCCUCCCGUUAUGGUGAAAUCUGCAAAAAAAAAAAAAUCACGGUGUAAAAAUUAGAUUUGACUUCUUCUGCUCUUUAGUUGUUUUUCGGUGGCUUCGUCUUUGACCAGGUGUUCUCUUCUCGGUGUACUUCCUUGUUCUGAACAACUUUUUGUUCUUUAAAUAAUAAAAUAUUAAAAAUUUGG